AUGACUGUCGAUGAUAUACACCCUACUGCCGAGGCGAUUCAAGCCCUCCCAGAGCGUCCCAACGCCCCCCUGCGAACAGAGACAUUUCGCAAUUCACGUCCAGAUAUCGUUGGUCCAGAUACACCGGAACCUCCAUUCCCUAUACACUUAUCUGGCGCCGUGCAGCGCGGAUUUGGGCGGGGAGGGAAGGAUCUUGGAUGUCCCACAGCAAAUCUUCCUGACGAUUCAAUCACACCAAUGAGUCACGUCUGUGAGACAGGGAUAUACUAUGGGUAUGCUCAAGUUCUGCGACCGAAGGAUGGACAUAGCUUUCCCGACGACGAUGCGAAAGUGCAUCCGAUGGUAAUGAGCUUGGGGUGGAAUCCAUUUUACAAGAAUGAACGGUUGACAGCGGAAAUCCAUCUUCUCCAUGAUUACAAGUCCGAUUUUUACGGGAACGAGAUGCGGGCACUCGUUCUUGGUUACAUCCGACCCGAACUAGACUAUACCUCUAGAGAAGCGCUCAUUAACGACAUAGAGAUUGAUAAGAGCGUAGCUUUGAGAUCCCUUGCGCGGCCAGCGUACGCGAAAUUAUCCUCGGACCCUCAUUUCCACCCGUCUAAACUUUAG